AUGACUUCCAAAAUCAAAUACGAGCUCCCCAAACUCGAAUGGCUCAACAAACGAGGCUGGAAAACCUUUCAAGAUUUCAUGGUGACAUAUGGAUACAAUCCUCAAAGCGUGGAGGAUUAUAUGAAUGCACAAGCAUUAUUGUGCGACUACAGGGCCAGCGAUCCAUUUGCAAACAAAGAGGAGCAAGAUGGGGAGGAAGACAAAGAGGAGCUUGAGGAACUUGAGGAUGAGAUGGACUACGAGGACGAUGAGGAUAACGAAGAAUUUGCUGCGAGGACGAAGAAAUCCACCAAUAACGACGUCGAGGCAAUUGGAGCUUUUAUCAAGCAGGACAUCAGGAGGGAAAAGGGGAAAUACCCAGCUGAAAUCGAAGAGGUUACUGAUGGAAUGUACAUGCAGGACGAUUCCGAAUACAAUGCGCAGAUAGCGGCCAGUGAAGGAUUUUUCGACAAAGAAGGGGGAGGUACGGAACAGAAGGAUGUUGCCGGCGGUGACAGAGGAGAAGGAUAUCCAAUAAGUCUUUUCGCAGCGCAGAUUAGGAACAGCGUGCAAAUAGAAGAUUGGCUUUGCGAGAGAGGAUGGGCCAACUUGUAUCAGUUUAUGGUUGGCCAUGGUUUGAAUUUUCAUGACGAUGAACUUAUUUAUUUUGUGGGGAGUCAAUUCCACGCGAUGAUUGAGAGCGGAGAUCAGCGGGGACUAGAAGAGCUUUUGAAGGGAUUGACGAUGGGCGAGUAUCAACAUCAACAUCUGGAAACGAAACACAGCUCUCGGAAUCAGUGGCAGUAUGGCCAGGCAGAAGACAUGAAUGGAACGAAUCAAUUGAUGUAA